CUCACUCAGACCAGUCAAGAGAACCUACUGCUGUUUCCCACUGAAGGCCAGAAUGAGCAUCUCUUCCCUGAGGAGGGUUUGGGUCGUGGUAGUCUCUCCCUUGCUGAGGCCUUGCUCCCCCUGGUUGAGUCUCCAUCUCCUCCUGUGACCCCCUGGCUCUGCUCUACCCGCUACAAGACCGAACUGUGCAGCCGCUACGCUGAGACGGGUACCUGCAAGUAUGCCGACCGCUGCCAGUUUGCUCACGGCCUCCAUGAUCUUCAUGUCCCUUCUCGCCAUCCUAAGUACAAAACUGAGAUGUGUCGUACCUUCCACACGGCUGGAUACUGCAUUUAUGGCACUCGUUGUCUGUUUGUGCACAACCUUAAAGAGCAGAGGCCCGUGUGCCCACGCCGCAAGAACGUACCAUGCCGUACGUAUCGUGCCUUUGGGGUUUGCCCCUUUGGCAACCGAUGCCAUUUCCUGCAUGUUGAGGGUGGCUCUGAAUCUGGCAGCGUAGAUGAGGAAAGAACCUGGCAACCUCCAUCACACUCCCAAGAGUGGAAGCCUCGUGGCACCCUGUGUCAUACCUUCAGCACAUUUGGUUUCUGUCUACAUGGCACCCGUUGCCAGUUCCAGCAUGGGCUCCCCAAUACAAUCAAAGGUCUCAACUCUAGCCACACAACCUGGCCUCCCCAAAUGCCAAAUGGUGGAUCCCUUUCACCUGCAUCGGACCUAAGUACCUCACCAUCUCCACUAUCCUCAUCGCCUCCAUCUGCGUUGGCCUCGCCGGUGUACCCUGAUGGCUCCGGUCCAGUCACACCCCCAUCAGUGGAAGUAGUGGCCAACAACGCCUUCACAUUUAGCAGCCAGCAUCUGAAUGACCUGCUGCUACCUCUGGCCUUCAGGCUCCAGCAACUGGAAAGAGCUGCCCAUGCUGGCCCUCAAGGUGUUCUGGACAGGCCCCUGCUGUCAUGA